AUGCUUCAAUGCUUUUGGCGGGAGAAACAAAACAAACUUGUCCAGACAGGUUUCUCUCACUUUGCCUCUCUCUCUCUCUCUCUCUCUCUCUCAUCUCUCUCAGUCUCUCUCUCUCGGUUGCUUGAACACGGACAGAGGAAACCAGGGACAAUGGCGGCGGCCAGUGGACUGGAGCGGUAUCUGUUGGCGGCAAAGGAUGUGCGGGGGGCGGCUGGACCGGGCUUUAUUGAGCAGGUGACGAGUGCGCCAGACGUCUAUGUGUUUCAAGAGGUGCUGGAUCUACCCCAGUUCCAAGCUUUGCGCGAGAGUGAGCAUGCAUCCCACCUACAACUGCUCGAAAUUUUUGCCUACGGCACGCUCGCCGACUACACCGCGGCACAGGCUAAGCUACCAGCUAUCAAUGAGGCCCAGCGACGCAAACUCCAGCUGCUCUCGAUCGUCACACUCUGCAGCGCCCAGAAGGCACCUUCUUAUGGUGUGCUCAUGGAGGCCGCCGAUGUCCACGAAGUCCGGAAACUUGAGGAUCUCUUGAUUGCAGCCAUCGAAAUUGGCCUCCUCGAGGCCAAGCUCGAUCAAGCUCAGAGUCAGGUGAGCUUUGAUUUUCACCGCCACCAAAGCCUCGUGCGCGUCAUGCUAACCCUGCGUCUCUGUCAAAUGCCUUUUAUCACGCUCAGGUUCAUGUGCGCAGCACCGAGCCAAGCCAUUGCCAAUGCGCGCGCUGAACUUGAGACGCGAAUGAAGGAGGGUGACCGCAUCAAGGCGGAGCGCCAAGACGCCGACAGGGCGCUGGCCGAGUCUGUACGUUCUCAUUGA